AUGAAUGUUCCACUUGGAAUGAUUGCAAUUUCUGCCGUGAAUCGGAUAUUCUUUUGGGCCUACAAUAUCAAGCGAUUGCAAAUUCCACCUGCAAAUAAUCUGGACUACUCCACCUGGUUCAACAUACCGGACUUUUCUCAUAUGACAUAUGGCAUAGUAUCUGCCACUUAUGCCCAUGGACGCGCUGUUAUUUUCGGCUUUAUCUUUGGAUUUCUCAUAUAUGUUGAGAUAGCACUGAACGGUAUCGUGCCGCUGCGAGGACUGUCAAAGAAACCAAGUCCGAUCGUCGUGGACCACGUCCUCGCUAACAUAGUUUUCCCAAUAAUGGCUCUUUUCCUUGGGAUGCCAAUUAUGUCUGGUGUGCCAAUACGCACAAUCGCAAACAUGGUUGCCCUGGCCAAGAUGGAAUCGAAUCCAGCUCCCGGAAAACCACCAAAGGUUCUCUAUCUUGUCGAGACACGGAUAAAUACCUUGAUUGUUGGUAUACUCGUUACCCUUUCUGUCUUUCUGGGCAACAUCCUUCAAUACAUUCCUGUGGCUGCCUUGUUAGGCUUGUUCCUGUUCCUCGGAAUAUUUGGUCUAAAGGGCCUUCAUUUUCGAAAGCUACUGACAGCUUUGCUUAGUAGAAAGAAAUACUGGUCAGAGUGGAAUAUGCUCAAUGGCAUGCCACGACCACAAGUCAUGGCAUACACGCUAAUCUGGAUAGCACAAUUAGUAAUUCUGUAUAUCCUUCUGGUGGUUGGAGAGUAUGAAAAUCUAAUGAUUGCCUCAACCGCCAUACCCUUCUUCCUGGUUUUUUGUGGAGUCCUUCGAAAUCUGAUUUUGCCUCGAUGGAAAUGGUUGGCGCCUUACUUAGAAAGGAUCGAUCCUCCGGUUGCACCCCAAAAUUAA